AUGAGUGGAAUUCUCUUUUCGUUUGCAGCACUAACUUUACUGCUUUCAGUUUAUUGUGUUGGCGGCACUACCAGGAGCUAUGAAUUUAACAUCCAGCUACAAAAUGUGACACGACUGUGCCAUACGAAGAGCAUGGUUACGGUGAACGGGAAAUUUCCAGGUCCUCGUAUUGUUGCUCGGGAGGGUGACCGCUUGCUUAUAAAAGUUACAAACCAUGUCCCCAAUAACAUUACAAUCCAUUGGCAUGGCAUCCGACAGCUUCGGAGUGGAUGGGCGGAUGGGCCAGCUUAUAUAACACAAUGCCCUAUACAAAUGGGCCAAAGUUACGUGUACAAUUACACUAUCGUUGGGCAAAGAGGAACAUUGUUUUGGCAUGCACAUAUAUCAUGGUUACGAGCAAGUCUUUACGGCCCUCUCAUCAUUCUUCCGAAGCUUAAUGUCCCCUACCCUUUUACCAAGCCAUACAAAGAAGUUCCCGUCAUCUUUGGUGAGUGGUUUAAUACAGAUACAGAAGCCAUAAUUGCCCAGGCARCACAAACCGGUGGCGGUCCAAAUGUCUCUGAUGCCUAUACCUUCAAUGGGCUUCCUGGGCCUUUGUAUAACUGUUCUGCUAAAGAUACGUUCAAGCUGAAGGUUAAGCCCGGCAAGACAUACCUCCUUCGAUUGAUCAAUGCAGCACUCAAUGAUGAACUCUUUUUUAGUAUAGCAAAUCACAGCCUCACUGUUGUUGAAGCCGAUGCCAUUUAUGUAAAACCUUUCAGCACAGAAACACUCGUGUUAGCUCCUGGUCAGACCACCAACGUACUCCUUAAGACCAUUUCGGAAUUUCCUCGUGCCAACUUUCUCAUGUCUGCUAGACCAUACGUAACGGGCCAAGGAACCUUUGACAAUUCCACUGUUGCUGGCAUUCUUGAAUAYGAGUCUUCCAUUCCCAUGAAAAAUCUUCCACUCUUUAAACCACRAUUACCAUCUYUAAACGAYACCUUAUUCGUKUCAAAMUUYUCAAAUAGACUUCGAAGCUUGGCAAGUGUUAAAUUUCCAGCUAAUGUCCCACAGAAGAUUGACAAACAYUUAUUUUUCACCAUAGGGCUUGGGACGAAUCCUUGUGAAAAKAAUAAAACUUGCCAAGGACCAAAYGGAACUAGGUUUGCAGCUUCAAUUAACAAUGUGUCCUUUAUACAGCCAAGUGUUGCCCUUCUCCAGUCCCACUUUUUUGAUCAAUCAAAGGGUGUUUAUAGUCCUUAUUUUCCGAUCAACCCGUURCAUUGGUUYAACUAUACGGGGACUCCUCCUAAUAAUACCUUUGUGAGCAASGGUACAAAACUCAUGGUUCUUCCGUUUAAUACGAGUGUGGAGUUAGUGAUGCAAGAUACCAGCAUUCUUGGUGCUGAAAGCCACCCACUCCAUCUCCAUGGCUUCAAUUUCUUUGUUGUAGGUCAAGGGUUUGGAAACUACAAUCCUAACAAGGAUCCAAAGAAGUUCAAUCUUGUGGACCCUGUUGAAAGRAACACGAUUGGUGUGCCCUCUGGUGGGUGGGUUGCUAUACGAUUUCUUGCAGAUAACCCAGGAGUAUGGUUCAUGCAUUGCCAUUUGGAAGUUCAUACAAGUUGGGGUUUGAAGAUGGCCUGGCUAGUCUUGGAUGGAAAACUUCCGAACCAGAAGCUCUUACCCCCACCGGCUGAUCUUCCCAAGUGCUAAAUUAAGUUGCCUUUUUGACAAUUCAAGUUCAUCGGAUUUAUAUUUUUUACCACUUGAGAUUCAGUAUUUCUAGCUAGCGGUCGCUGAUGAAAGUUAUGUCACAGAA